GGAAAGUACUCUGCCGGACAAUCGGAACAUGGAGUGGGAGAGUGAUGAGAGAGAGCUAAAGGCUGCCGGAGCUGAGCCUCUACCGGACGGACGGAGUGGACUCCGUAUUCACGGCUGGGAGAUUGAGUCUCGGAAGCGUUCCAUUCUCACUUCUCUUCAGCUUCAACAAUGGGAAGAAGAACUUCAGACCUCUCACUUGCCAGAGAUGGUAUUUGGGGACAAUUCUUUGGUGCUUAAACAUGUGAAUACUGGCACAAAAAUUCACUUUAAUGCAUUAGAUGCUCUAGUUGGUUGGAAGCACGAGGCAUUACCACCUGUUGAAGUUCCAGCAGCUGCAAAAUGGAAAUUCAGAAGUAAACCUUUGCAACAGGUGGUGCUUGACUAUGACUAUACAUUCACCACACCUUACAAUGGAAGUGAAACUGUCGAAAGGAAUGCCGAGUGUGUAAGAGGGUUAUCGAAUGAAAGCAGCUGUAGUCUUCAUUGGGAGGAUUGCAUUGACAAAAUUGAUUUGGUUGCACUGGCAUCAAAAGAACCUAUUCUCUUUUAUGAUGAGAUCAUCUUAUAUGAGGAUGAACUUGCUGAUAAUGGAAUCUCACUAUUAACCGUGAAAGUGAGGGUCAUGCCAAGUGGUUGGUUCUUAUUGUUGCGUUUCUGGCUUAGAGUUGAUGGAGUGCUUAUGAGGCUAAGAGACACCCGUUUACAUUGUUUAUUUGAGAGGCAUAUGAAAUCAGUUAUUCUUCGAGAAAGCUGCUGGAGAGAAGCCACAUUUCAAGCCUUGUCUUCUAAAGGAUAUCCUUCUGAUUGUGCUGCGUAUAGUGAUCCAAGCAUUAUUAGUGAAAGGCUGCCCAUCAUAAUGCAGAAGGCUCAAAAGCUCAGUAUCGAAAAACCAUGUAAGCACUAGGUGUGCACAACAUUGUUGUAUCUGAUCCUUCUUUCUAUGUUCCUCCCAUUUGUGGAAUUUAGUCAAUAAUAAUUGAUCUUUAAGGAAGUUAUGGAAUUAUUUGAUUUUCUGACUUCUGAUUUUUUCUUCUUCUGA